AUGCUGCAACCUGAGCUGGGAGCUCCGCUCCUCCUGCUGCUCCUGAGCCUCACCUCCCCUGGUGCCUCACUGCUGUCAUCUCUACGUGUCGCUGCAAUUCUUGACGAUCAGACUGUUUGUGGUCGGGGCGAGCGGUUGGCGUUGGCCCUUGCUCGAGAACACAUUAACAGCCACACACAAGGAUCAUCCAGCGGUCGUGUGGAGGUGGAGAUCUUUGAGCUGCAAAGAGACAGCCAGUACGAGACUACAGAUACAAUGUGUCAGAUUUUACCCAAAGGCGUGGUCUCUGUGCUGGGACCCUCCACCAGCCCGGCAUCGGCAUCUACCGUCAGCCAUAUCUGUGGAGAGAAGGAGAUUCCUCAUAUUAAGGUGGGACCAGAAGAAGCCCCCAAGCUACAAUACCUACGUUUUGCAUCCGUCAGCCUUUACCCGAGUAAUGAAGACAUAAGCCUGGCCGUGUCACACAUCCUGAAGUCCUUUCACAACCCUUCCACCAGCCUCAUCUGUGCCAAGGCCGAGUGUUUACUGCGGCUCGAGGAGUUGAUCCGUCAGUUCCUAAUAUCAAAAGAUACACUGUCCGUGCGGAUGUUGGAUGACACAAAUGAUCCCACACCUUUAUUAAAGGAAAUCCGUGAUGACAAGGUGUCUACCAUCAUUAUAGAUGCCAACGCGACUGUGUCCCAUCUCAUCCUAAAGAAGGCCUCGGAGCUUGGGAUGACGUCGGCUCAUUACAAAUAUAUCCUGACAACUAUGGACUUCCCCUUGCUGUCCUUGGAAGGGGUGGUAAGUGACCAUUCCAAUAUCUUGGGAUUUUCCAUGUAUAACAGUAGCCAUCCCUUCUAUCUGGAGUUCCUGAGAAGCCUCAACAUGUCCUGGAGGGAGAACUGUGAGCUCAGCACAUACGUGGGGCCUGCGCUCUCCGCUGCUCUCAUGUUUGAUGCUGUACAUGUCGUAGUCAGUGCUGUCCGGGAGUUAAACCGGAGCCAAGAAAUUGGCGUAAAGCAGCUUUCCUGCAGCACAUCGCAGAUCUGGCAGCAUGGGACAAGCCUCAUGAACUAUCUACGAAUGGUGGAGUAUGAUGGACUGACCGGACGUGUAGAAUUUAACAGCAAAGGACAAAGGACAAACUACACUCUACGUAUCCUGGAGAAGUCUGGAUAUGGCCACCGAGAGGUUGGUGUGUGGUACUCUAACCGUACCCUGGCCAUGAACGCUACCAGCCUGGACAUAAACAUCUCCGAUACGCUGGAGAACAAGACUUUAGUAGUAACCACAAUUCUCGAGAAUCCAUACAUGAUGCGCAAAGCAAAUUACCGAUCCCUAUCUGGCAAUGACCAGUAUGAAGGUUUCUGUGCGGAGAUGUUAAUGGAGCUAGCUGCCCUCCUGAGGUUCAACUAUAAGAUAAAGCUUGUGGAAGACGGCUUGUAUGGGGCUCCCGAGCCGAACGGAUCUUGGACGGGGAUGGUGGGAGAGCUUAUCAAUCGGAAGGCGGAUCUGGCAGUCGCUGCGUUCACCAUCACAGCAGAGCGAGAGAAAGUGAUCGACUUCUCCAAACCCUUCAUGACCCUGGGGAUCAGUAUUCUGUACCGGGUUCAGAUGGGCCGGAAGCCUGGGUACUUCUCCUUCCUGGAUCCUUUCUCUCCUGCUGUCUGGCUCUUCAUGUUGUUGGCUUAUCUGGCCGUCAGCUGUGUGCUGUUCUUGGCAGCCAGAUUGAGCCCCUAUGAAUGGUAUAACCCACAUCCGUGUCUGCGGGAACGGCACCACAUCCUGGAGAACCAGUACACCCUGGGAAACAGCCUGUGGUUUCCUGUCGGAGGGUUCAUGCAGCAGGGAUCGGAAGUCAUGCCCCGGGCCCUGUCUACAAGAUGUGUCAGCGGGGUCUGGUGGGCCUUCACCCUCAUCAUUAUCUCUUCCUAUACCGCCAACCUGGCUGCCUUCCUGACAGUGCAGAGGAUGGAGGUCCCGAUAGAGUCCGCUGAUGACCUGGCAGAUCAGACCAACAUUGAGUAUGGGACCAUUCAUGGUGGAUCCACCAUGACCUUCUUCCAGAACUCCAGGUACCAGACGUACCAGCGCAUGUGGAAUUACAUGAACUCGAAGCAGCCGAGUGUGUUUGUCAAGAGCACAGAAGAGGGGAUCGCUCGGGUGCUGAACUCCCGCUACGCCUUUCUGCUGGAGUCCACCAUGAACGAGUACCACCGCAGGCUUAACUGCAACCUCACCCAAAUUGGUGGCUUACUCGAUACCAAGGGCUAUGGCAUUGGGAUGCCGCUAGAAUCCCCCUACAGAGAUGAGAUCACACUUGCAAUCCUCCAACUUCAAGAAAAUAAUCGCUUGGAGAUCUUGAAACGCAAAUGGUGGGAAGAAGGGAAGUGCCCCAAGGAAGAAGACCAUCGUGCAAAAGGACUGGGCAUGGAGAACAUUGGCGGUAUCUUUGUGGUCCUUAUCUGUGGCCUAAUUAUUGCUGUGUUCGUGGCCAUCAUGGAGUUCGUCUGGUCAACGAGACGCUCAGUGGACAAUGAAGAGAUUUCCGUAUGUCAAGAGAUGCUGAGUGAACUUCGCAGCGCGGUGUCCUGUAAGAAGACAUCACGUUCACGUCACCGCCGCCGGCCGCCACGUCACCUUCAUGGGAGGACUCUACUUUCCCUCAGUCGACCGCCUCGAGCGACCAGAGAGACACGCCUCUGCAAUGGACGCCUUUACCAGACCCACCAGCACCCUCCGGCUCCUCCUCCCCCUCCCCCUGCCCCAGGUGCCCAGCGGCUCCAGGAGGACGCCCCGUCUUCCUCUGGUCGGGGAGGGUGUGCCCAUUUCAGAAUCUGCCAGGAAUGUCGGCGGAUACAGACUCUACGAGGCCCGCCACCACUACCUAGACCACCGCAGUCUCCAAAACCUCCACCGCCUCCUGCUCCAGAGGACCUCACACCCCUCUCACAUCACCGGAGACUGGCAGACCCUCUAGAUGCCAGUGCCCCCGAGUGA